GACAAGGAGAACAAGAAGCCAGUCACCGCCUGAGGAAAAAGAGCUGACAGGGGCUAACAAGGCUGGAAGCUCCGGCAGCUAGGAACUAGGGAGGACAGAAAGUGCUUCUUCCCUGCCAACCACCCUCCCUAGCCCCUUGGACCUGUGAAGGGAGCACGGCGAUCCCCUCAGACAUCGCCGCAGCAAGUUAGAAGACAAGCUGCCUCAUAAGGACAUGGCUUUGGUGCAAACUCCAACCCCAAGCCAUCACACAGGGGAGAACUAUGAGGCUGAUGCUGAGUUGCUAAGGGAACAUCCUCUGGAUGUUGAAAAUGAUGUUCUGUUUCUAAAACAGUUCCCGAGCUGGAGAAAGAAUGAGAAGAAGCGCAUUAGAAUGCUCUAUGCCAUCGCAGACCACAUUGACGAAAGCCACCAAAAAGCUACCAAGAUCAAAGUGGUGACUACCUCUGUGUCAGUCGCCUCUGGAGUCCUGAGUCUCCUGGGUUUGGCCCUUGCUACAACAACUGCAGGGGGGAGCCUGAUACUCGCUGCUGUUGGGCAUGGUUUGGGGGCAGUCGCCGGGGUCACCGACAUCGUGACCAAUGUGAGGGAGGACUCUCACAAUAAAAGAGCUCUAGCGCAGACCAACAGCGUCACGCCUAACAGCGACCAGGAGCCUGAGGGGUUCAAGGGAGAGAAGAAGACCUAUGUCACAGCCACUGGUGAGCUUGUCUACAAAUGUGGGAGUGCCUGGGACAGCAUCAAAAAGCACCUCCGAGCCCUCCAGCUAACCAGAACCCAACCCCACGUCACCUCAGCUGCCAAAAAGCUCAUGACUUCCGGUCAAGUAUCAGCUCGAAGCGGCAGGCAGGUGCAAAAGGCCUUUGGGGGCACAGCCCUGGCAAUGACCAAAAAUGCUCUGAGGAUAGGACGCGCAGCUGCUGCCCUCUCCCUCAGCCAGGACCUAUAUACUCUCUGGGAGGACUGGAAGGAUCUGAAGGCGGCAAACCCAACAGAGCUGGCAGAAGAGUUAAGAGCACGGGCUGCGGACCGGGAGCGAGUGUUAGCAGAACACACCUGUCGCUACAGAAAGCUGCAGAGACUCAGCAAAGAGACCUGUGGGGUCUUCUUUGAAAGGAAACAAGGUGUCUCAGCCUCCAUCCUCCAUGACUGAGAAAGCAAGACUGACAGAUGAAGAGGAGCCUCGGAGACCUUGAGUCUUUGAGAUCAGUGAAGGAAGACCAGAGUGGAGGUGGAAGGCUGAUGAGGCAAUGCCUGGAGCUCACACACAGGGAGGUCCCUAGGGUCUCAGAAGGGAGAGAGAGCCCUGUCAGCCCCACUCUUGAGCCUCCCUUCUUCUUCUCUCUGACCCAGCAGUCACCUCCACUCUCCUGGGAUCCCCAUCACUCACUUGUACAGCCCCUGCUAGGCGUUAGCCUGACACCGCUUCCUGCCAGCUUCCAUAGUAAUUAGCAAUGAUAAGCUGUGAGGGUCCCUCCCCCACCUCACCUCUCUCAGUGCUCUCUGUCUCCCAGAGUGUUGGCUUGGAGCCAUGCUUGCACACAAAGGUUGUCACUGGAACCUGCUAGGCCAGAUUCCAGGGGAAGGAGUGCUGGAAGCCUGUGCUCUUUUUUCUGCCCCAAGUCCUGAACUGACUGACUGCCCCAUCUCCCGUCUUAAAAACCCUCCAUUGCUGGUUUGAAAGUCACUCGCGGGUGCUAUAAUACUUAAAAAGACAAGACAAAGCAAAACAAGACCCCACAGAGAGAAGGCUAGGAAAGAACUCGCACAGGAGGUUUGGGACUGUGGCCCACCCACACACGACUUCCUGUGUUCUUUCUUCUCAGGCUGUCCAGGUGCUGGCCGUCCACUGCUGUCAUCACCCAGGGACCGUCCCUCCUAGUGCACUGUAGAAUUGAGUCCCUUAUCUCUAACCCUUGAUAAUUCCUCAUUUGCUUGCUGAUCUGAGUUUCCCCGUCCUGCUCUCUGUAGUCCCAGCACCCUCACCACAGCAGGUGGAAUCUGUUGGCACAUGAGUGCCUUGGGCUUAGGGGUACCACUGAGCAUACCAAGGUCAUACGUUCCUGUCUUCACCUCAGAGGCAAGUAGGCAGAACCCCUAGGCCACUCCCGGCGGGAUCUGCAGUAUGGAAGGGGACUGGGUAGGAGCUCAGGGUACCCCAAUUGGUCAGGAUGAACCCAGAGGGAGGAGAAAGAGAAGAAAGGGGGCUGUUUGUACUUCCCUUUCCAGAAUGUUGGGGUAGCGACUUUUCUGACCCUCAUUGUA